AAAUUCAGUAAAAAAUAUUUUUAAAAAAGAUACGUGUUUAGAAGAAAAAGCGAAUGAGCGGUAAGCCAACAAUAAAACCGAAGAUAAGCUAAUAACAACAUAGGAACGGUAAGCAAGGAGCAGCAGCUGUGAGCGGUGUAGAGCGAAAAAUAUAUAGAGAAGAGGAGGGGAGAGAAAACAUUGAACAUCGAUUUUUUGCACCCUUUUUUCGCCACGCAUUUUUGGCACAACAAAGGAAACUUGACAUCGGCGCAGCAAACACAAAAAAAAAAAAAUAAGGUGGCAGAGGGAGAGCCAAUCACCGAAGCCAGCUACGAGAAGGUUCUUAUUUAUUUGGUGGUCUCAAAACAGGUACCCAAAUGAGUGGCGGAGGGGAUGAUCAAGAACAGAAGGCGCCGCCAAGCGCCUCCACAUCAUCUUCUUCUGCAUUUGUUGCGGAAGGCGUUGCAGAGCAAAGAGCCACGCCCGAAAUGAAACGCUCGGCGGUGCGCAGCCUGAUUCACCGUUACUUUCAUCAAUUGCAAACCGGCUGCGGUAAUGCCCAUUGCACCAAUGCCAAUUGCGCCUCCAGUGGAAAAGUGGCGCAAAUGACUCCAAAUGAAGUGGCCGCCAGGGCCCUACAGCUGUUCUCCCAAGAUGCCCAGCUCUGUGAGAUCUCUACUCAGUCCUCCUCAGCUACUAGCACUAGUAGCAGUUCAAGCGAACCCACUAACAGUCCACAGCAACAGGAUGUGGAUAUGUUGUCACCAAAUGAUAGCAGCAACAGCAGCAGUAGCAGCAGCAGCAAAAGCACCACCAGUAGCCGUAGUUCCACCACCACAAUCACCUCCGCCAGUUCCAAUAGCAUUCAAUCACAGCGAGCUCUGCCACAGCUCACAGCAGCUUCCACAACAGCAGGAGCGGUGGGGGCAGCUGUGUCUGCUGCACAGCCUUCGUCUAGCUCAAGCACAGAGACGCCUACAUUGGCUCCUGUAGAAUCCUUAGAUGCUCAGGUACUGGAAACACUUUAUAAGAAAGGAUUGGAUGCUGAUAACUAUGAUCGCGUACACCAGGCGAUCAGUGAUACCUUCUCUAGUAUAGAGAGAUUGAGCAAAAGCUUUAUAAAACCCAUUGAGGAGCAGAAGCAGGUGCCUCCUCCCAUACCAGCAGAAUCUGCAACAUCAGCAUCGAAGGAAUUGCAAAAACUUUUAGCCAAAUCUCCGGUAGCCCUGAACAAAGAGCAAUUGCGUACUCUGGAGGGAGAGCACGACAAAGAUGAGGAUAGUACACAACAGCAGGAGGAGCAGGUGCAGGAACAGGAGCAGCAGCUCGAACAGACCGAAAUCAAUACAGAGACGACCACAGAGGAACCACAGAGAACCGAAGACAAUUUGGAUGAGGAUGAGCCCAUGCUUAAGCAAGACGAUGAGACAUCAACUGAGGGGGAGGAGGAUGCGCAAGCGGGAGCGGGAGCGGGGCAGCAGCAGCCAAAGCCAUCGGAGACAGCGAUCUCCGGUGACACUCAGGUGGACUUUGAAGGAUUGCGCCGAGUUCAGCGUUUGCUUUUCUCUGCCCCAUGCCGUUCAUUGGCCGAAGAGUUAACGAUUAGCGUUAUGAAAUUGGCCGAUUGUAUGCGCUAUAUGCGUCACUAUGCUCCAGAUUGGGAGCAAGUGCUCCAUUGCCUGGUUAUCUGCUUCGAUAUGGCCACCAAUACUAAAAACGGUGUCACUGACAUGGAAUACUUGGAUCGUGUGCUUCCAAAGCUGUGUCAUGCUGCUGCCGUUCUGCCUGUCGGGUCACAGGCGCGUCUGGCACGCAUUUGGGCCACACAUUGUGCGGAUCAACUGAAGGCUUUGGUGUCAGCGUGUCAGCAACAGAUUACACUGCAAGUCCUACUCGAUGAGGAGGCAGUGCGCGAGAACGAGCAUAUCAUAAGUGUGACCAAAGUGCUCAAGAUUGUUUUCUAUGCCAAUAUAUUGGCCAGUGAAUUAGAGAUACCAUCUUGCCGCUUACCGCUCGAACUGGAUGAGCUGGAAUUGGCUGUGGGUCAGGAGCAAAGUGCCGCUGGUGUCUCUUCGUCGUCAUCAUUAGCUGCUAUGGCUGCCAUUGAGGAUGACUUCUUUAUAUACAGCUCACAUGUGACUCCACAUAUGCCGAAAUUUGCCGAAGAUCAAUUGGAGAAGGCAUUGCAAGUGUCGUGCAUAGAUUGCCGGAAUCCUUUGGUGCCCCUGGAGGAAUUCUACAACGAUGCCUUAAGCGAUGGAAUACAAAUGCAUCAGGAUUAUCUAUCCUACAAGACUCUGGCAAUGGAGAGCGAACUGGGGACUACUCAUAGCAAUUAUUUUUCUUUUAUGCUUUAUGCCUUUAUCUUGACGCCGGCGACCAAAGUGGACGCCCUCUACUAUGACAGUCGCAUGCGUAUGUACAGCGAGCGUUAUUCAUCACUCUACUCAAUAUUCCAUAAUUUAAAUCACGAUGGCGAUCAGGAUGUGGCCCCACCGCGGCCUGAUCUCAAACUAAAUGUGCGUAGGGAUCAAUUGAUCAAUGAUGCUCUCGUUGGGCUGGAAUUGGUCGCCAUGAGUAAUCCAAAGGAUUUAAAAAAACAAUUGGUCGUGGAAUUUGUCGGUGAGCAGGGCAUCGACGAGGGUGGCGUAUCCAAAGAAUUUUUUCAACUUAUUGUCGAGGAGAUAUUCAAUCCGGCUUUUGGCAUGUUUGUCCAACAAGAGGAGACUAACAAUAUGUGGUUCAAUGCCACACCAUUUGAGAACGGUGCACAAUUUACUUUAAUUGGCAUUAUCAUCGGUUUGGCCAUCUAUAAUAAUGUGAUUCUGGCUGUGAAUUUUCCCAUGGUCGUCUAUCGUAAGCUAAUGGGCUAUCGCGGCACCUUUUACGAUCUGAGCGAUUGGAGUCCUAUGUUGUACAAGAGUUUAAAGUCCAUGCUGGACUAUCAGGGUCAGGAUAUGGAAGAGGUAUUCGAUCAGACUUUCCGCAUCAGCUACAGCAAUGUAUUUGGUGAAAUGGUCGAGCAUGACCUUGUCCCAAAUGGCAAGGACUUGACCGUGGGACAACAUAAUAAGAAAUUAUUUGUCAAUCUAUAUGCAGAUUUUCUACUUAAUACGAAUAUUAAGCAACAGUUUAAUUCGUUUCGUAAAGGUUUCGAAAUGGUAACAGAUGAGUCGCCAUUAAAAUUACUCUUUCGGCCAGAGGAAAUCGAAAUGCUUGUCUGUGGUAGUCAGGAAUUUGACUUUGUAGAACUAGAGCAAUCGACAGAAUACGAGGGUGGUUACACAAAGGAGACGCAAAUAGUUCAGGAUUUCUGGAGCAUUGUGCAUGGUAUGCCAAAUGAGUCCAAACGCAAGUUGCUCGAAUUCACGACAGGAUCGGCGCGUGUUCCUGUCGGUGGAUUAAAGUGUUUGCGUCUAUUGAUCACACGUCAUGGACCAGAUAGCGAUCGAUUGCCCACAUCGCACACUUGCUUUAAUGUUCUACUAUUACCAGAAUAUAGCAGCAAAGAGAAGCUAGAGGAGCGUCUGCUCAAAGCCAUUAAUUACUCGAAGGGCUUUGGUAUGCUGUAAGUCGGUGGCUGCUACCGUUGCUGCUACCGCUGUGUCCUGCGUCCUGCAUUGUAACUGAUACCACCUCUCUCUAGGAAUCUCUAAGAAUGAAUGAAUAACGACUUUCAGUUUGUUUUUAAGUUUCGCCAUUUAUUUUUGAUAUAACCUUGUUCAAAGUAAGACAAUAUACGAGAUUUAUAUGAGAGUAUA